AUGUUGUCACGAGCCGCCAGACCAGCUCUUCGAGCUGCCGCCGCAGCUAAUGCUCGCUCCGCUGCCACCUAUGCGACUCUCCGUGAGAUCGAGGACCGUCUCAAGUCCAUCCGAAACAUCGAGAAGAUCACAAACACCAUGAAGAUUGUCGCCUCCACCAAGCUCACCCGAGCCCAGCGCGCCAUGAACGACUCUCGCAAGUACGGUCAGACCUCUAAUGAGGUCUACGAGUCCGCUGAGACCAAGGCCCUCGAGACUGAGGACAAGAAGACCCUCAUCAUCGUCUGCUCUUCCGACAAGGGUCUCUGCGGUGGUAUUCACUCUGGUCUGUCCCGAUAUGUCCGCCGACUUCACGCCGAGCAGCCUGGCUUCGACCUCGUCCUCAUUGGUGAGAAGGCCAAGGCUCAGCUCUCACGAACCAACGCCUCGGCUAUUCAGCUGAGCUUCGCUGGUAUUGGCAAGGAUGUUCCCACCUUUGCCGACGCCCAGGCCAUCGCCGACCAGGUUAUUCAGCUUCCUACUGAGUACACCGACAUCAAGAUUCUGUACAACAGCUUCGUUAACGCUCAGACCUACGAGGCUUCCUUGAUUGAGGCAUUUUCCGAGGAGGCUAUCCAGCAGUCCCCCAACUUCUCUGCCUUCGAGGUUGACGAGGAGGUUCUUGGCAACCUCCGCGAGUACAGUCUUGCCAACUCCCUCUACUGGGCUCUUGCUGAGGGCCACGCCUGCGAGCAGUCUGCCCGACGAAACGCUAUGGACAACGCCUCUAAGAACGCUGGUGAGAUGAUCAACAAGUACCAGAUUCUCUUCAACCGUACUCGACAGGCCGUCAUUACCGGAGAACUGGUUGAGAUUAUCACUGGUGCUACUGCCUCUGCGGACAUGUAAGGAGUGGGAGAACAAGAUGGGGUGUAAUGCUUCCCUUUGUAACAAAUGUCAUCGGGCUACCAUUCAUGUAUGGUUUCCCCCAUUGUAUCAAAGCCUUCAAUAAAUUCCUUAGUAGCCCAUGCAGUCAAUGUACGGCAGUCCAAAAAAACAAAAACAAACAGAACAAACACUGCCUCUCGAUGGCUGUUAGCGGAAGUAAGGAUUUCGAUGGUAAAAAACUUAGAUAAAUUUAAGUAUAAGUUAUAAGUCAACCACCCUCAUCUGAAAACGCCGAACACCGAUACCAUUAUAUUUUGAGAACGAUCAACAACCAAAACGAAGCAA